UUAUUGUUUUUACUAUCAAAUUGACAGGCAUAUUAAAGGAACCUACAGUUAGGUCUUUGGUCAUUGUAAGUGUAUUUUGAACCAAUACAUUUGGCGCUCUUCACACCCAUCUCAACAUACAUAAAUUUGUAUAUACUCAUACAUGCAUAUUUGAUAUAAGUCUCUAGAUUCUGCCAAUAUUACAUGGUCAAUAGAUUUGGAUGAGAUUGUUUCUCCAGAUAUCUAGGAUGUUGUAAGAUUGUGAAUGAAUUAGGAAGUGGACGUAUGAAUGAAGUAUGAAAUGAUGAAUUCUUCUAUUCACUCAGAGUUCCAUGGGAAUCCCGACAAGGCCAGAGACAGACAUUUUGUUACGUGGUCUGAAGAGGAAGAUAAUAUACUUCGGGAGCAGGUCAGGAUUCAUGGAACUGAGAGGUGGUCUGUCAUUGCAUCUCACUUAGGAAAUAAAACAGGCAGACAAUGUAGGAGAAGGUGGAACACAUACUUGAGUACACCUUAUAAAAAAGGUGGGUGGUCACCAGAAGAGGACAACAUCUUGUUUGAGGCACAUAAAAAAUUUGGCAAUCGAUGGACAGAGAUUGCAAAAGUUGUUCAAGGCAGGACUGACAAUGCCGUAAAAAACCGAUUCAAUGCAUUGCAUAGAAAACUAGAGAAAAGGAAAUCAUGCAAAGAGAACAAUGAUGAUGUUAGUAUCAAUGUUAACAAAAGAGUUGCACUUGAAAGCAGUGUCGAAACAUUGGACUCAACAAUAUUCUGCAAAAAGAUGAGGAACCAAUUUGUCAACUUUUCAGAAAAAAUGACUCUUCAAAGAGAGGAGCGUGUAAUAAGGACCAAAAAUACUUUAGGAACAUUUCAAGGAGAUGCAGCCAUCAAACCAGGAAUCCAGGAUGGAGAACCAGAUUCUAUAUGCCAAUCUAGAGUGCCUCUAUCUGUUUUAUCUCAUGAGAACUUAACCAACUUGAGGCAAUCAGCAUUUCCAGCCCAUUCAAGCCCUUAUCAUGCCUUUUCUGCAAUUAAGAGGCCAAUACAUCAAGUUUCCAAGCUACAAGGCAACUUCCUGGAAAAGGAUGACCCAAAACUUUCAGCUUUGACUCAACAAGCAGAACUUUUAGGCUCACUAGCUAAAAGGCGAAUUGCAGAAACAUCAAAUCAAGAAACUGAAAAUGCUUGGAAGGCCACAAAUGGAAUCUUAAUUGAAGGAAAAGACAGUCUCUUGAUUGCUGAAAAUCAAAGGAAAGAUCAAAGUCCAAAUUUCAACCCAACGGCAAAUGGUUCAACACCUUAUUUGUCAAGUAAGGAGAAAUACCAAAAUGCAACCCAUUUGCCUUCAAAGAGGCUGCACAUCCCUUCCUUGCCCAAACUGUGUGAACCAUGCGAGAAUGUUCCUGAGAAAAGUCCUGAAUUUAGUGUUGGCUCAAAUUUGGAUGAUACACCCAAAUGCAAUAUACUUCAGACUGAAAGCUCUGAUUUUGUCUGUGAGGAUAAAAGUUUACAAACUUGCUCUACCAACACCGAAGGAAAGGAACAAGUCUCAUCUAGCAGCGACGAUUGCUCAACUGCAGUUCAAUAUGCGCUUUCAUCUAAGACAACUGAAGAAAAAGAUGAGAGAGUUGUUCCCAUCACCUCGGAGUAUUGCUCACCGACACAAGUAAUUCCAUACCUCCGGUCUUUUGUUGAUGAGAUUCCUAGUCCACAUUUUUCAGAGAGUGAGAGACAGUUCAUAUUGAGUGUUCUUGAUCCAGAAUCUGAAAUGCCAUCCCUUGCUUACCGGUCACUGAGUCCAAGGUGUGCCCCAUUAUGCCGGAUCUCACUAUCUAACAGACUAUAAAUUUUGUUUCUAUAAUAGAAAUGAUUUACACCAUAUCGAUAUUACUUCCCAAUGUAUUCACCCAUAUAUACAUGUAGGUUUUGGUUUUUUUCUGUUUCACAAGGGAUUGGUUGCUGUAUUUUCAAAACCAGCAUUUGUACAAAAGUGUGAGUGUACAUGUUAUAGUAGAAAGAAAAGGAAACCAAAGUUGGUCAGAGUUGGUUGCAGCUUGAUUUAUAUUUUUUUGGUGUCACAGUACAAUAAGUCAGGUGUGGGUCAAGAAGUAUCAUUCCUGUCAUUCAGUUUAUGGCAGUGGUCAGAGUUGGUUGCGGCUUGAUUUAUAUUUUUUUGGUGUCACAGUCCAAUAAGUCAGGUAUGGGUCAAAAAGUAUCAUUCCUGUCAUUCAGUUUAUGGCAGCAUUCAGUCUGUAAUUAUUUAAUUUUGAUUAAUAAAUAUAGGAUUGUCUGUAGUACUUCCUCUUUUGACCGGAAAGUUGGAAGCUUAACUUCUGUAGUUUGUGGACUGACUGUUUUGUGUGUCAGAAUUACAGAAGAGAGAGAAACAGAGGUUAUGUAUUGUCGAAUUAUACGUGUCUUGAAGUCACAGCUCAAUAAAGUAGUGUUUGUUUCAAGGUCUGUGUAUGACAUAUUAUUUAUGUUGUAUUCAAUAUGUAAGUGCUUGAUCAAUGAAAAGGAAAGUUGAUUUUGUGUGUA